ACGGAGUGGUUCGUCUGGAAAACAAGUGUCUGUAGGAUGCCGUAAGUACGUAGAACUACGUAGAACUAACGCAUUAGCUGAGAUCGACUCGCCAGUCUUCCGGAGGUCAUCGAUCGGCAUCAGCUGAGUGGAGUUCGAAAAGUUGAUUCCCUCUUAAAAGUCAAACUUAAGGCAAAGAACUUCAGCAAUGCGUUUAAUCAUUUUGGAGGAUGACGAUGGUGUGGGAGAUUGGUCUGCCAAAUACGUGGUCAAAAGGAUCAACGAAUUUAAGCCCACCAAGGAUAGAUACUUUGUGCUGGGUCUACCCACGGGUGGAACCCCACUGAAGAUGUACAAGGCCCUUAUCCAACACUACAAAGCCGGCAAAGUAUCAUUCAAAUACGUCAAAACGUUCAACAUGGACGAAUACGUGGGCUUGCCACGAGAUCAUCCCGAGAGUUAUCAUCAUUACAUGUUCAAUAGUUUCUUCAAGCACAUUGAUAUUGCCCCAGGAAAUGUGAACAUUUUGGAUGGCAACGCCCCGGAUCUGGCGCAAGAAUGCCUCGAUUACGAGCAAAAAAUCGAAGAAGCUGGUGGAAUCGAAUUGUUUAUCGGUGGAAUCGGACCUGACGGUCACAUUGCUUUCAAUGAGCCAGGAUCUUCGUUGGUGUCUAAGACGAGGGUCAAAACUCUUAACCAAGAAACCAUUCUGGCUAAUGCUAGGUUUUUUGGCGGAGAUAUGAACUUGGUCCCGAAGCAAGCUUUGACGGUUGGUGUUGGGACGGUCAUGGCCGCCAAAGAAGUCAUGGUUCUCAUCACGGGAGCACACAAGGCUUUGGCACUUUCUAAGGCUAUCGAAGAGGGGAUCAACCAUAUGUGGACCGUUUCUGCCUUGCAACAACACCCGAGGACCAUCAUGGUUUGUGACGAGCCGGCAACGUUGGAACUCCGAGUAAAAACCGUAAAAUAUUUCAAGUCUUUGUGGGAGGUUCAUCAAGAUUUAACCAAGGAGGAUGAUACGGCCUCGACGGUGUACAGCGAGUACCAGAUUGAAAGAAAAAUCAGUCAAUCGAACGAAUAGCUCUCGUUGACCCACAAGUUAUUCCCAUGAUUGCAAUCGUGGUUUUGCUGACAAUGUGUGUACUGAUUCUGGAUUGUUGUCGAAUAACAUGAUUCCGUUGCGACAGUUUGA